ACUCACCGGAAGGCUCCGAAGAGCGAGAAUGUUUACUUGAAGCUUCUCGUUAAGAUGUUCCGCUUCCUAGCUCGUCGUACCGAUGCCAAUUUCCCGAAGGUUGUGCUCCGCCGACUUUUCCAAUCCCGCACCAACCGCGCCCCCGUUUCUCUCUCGCGCAUUGCUUCCAACAUCAAGGAGGACGAGAAGAGGACCGUCGUUGUUGUGGGCACAAUCACCGACGACAACCGCCUCAUUGAGGUUCCGAAGGUCACUGUUGCCGCCCUGAAAUUCACUGCUACUGCCCGGGCUCGCCUAACUGCUGCUGGUGGGGAAGCUAUUACGCUCGAUCAGCUUGUCAUGCGCUCCCCCACCGGUAGCAAUACCCUGCUGCUCCGCGGACCUAAAAAUGCCCGCGAGGCCUUCAAGCAUUUCGGCUUCGGGCCCCAUACCAACAAGAAACCUUAUGUGGCAUCCAAGGGUCGGAAAUUUGAACGAGCUCGUGGCCGCAGACGCUCCAGGGGCUUCAAGGUGUAAAGACGGCAUAUGCAUGUACUGGCCGAUUCUUUGCAUGUGCACGGAGUCUAGCACGCCUACCACACGAAAUCAUGAUAUCAAAAUCUUGAGGGGAAGGGUAGCGACGGAUUGGCGUGAAUUGGUAUCCCAAAUAUCCGAGGCCAUAAAAUACAAGGUUUCCUUCGUUAUGGUUAUAUUUAUUCUGCGGUCCCAGAUGCCGACCUAACAAUGUCGCUUUGAUUAACAUUUGAUGGCUGUUUCCCACGCAUCAGCAAAGGUUGGCAUGAGAAUUGUCUGCUCUGUCAGAAAGGCCCUCCGAUGUUCCUACAGGCGGACGGAUCCCAAGCGAUGCAAAGCCACGAAAUACGACUCU